AUGAAGACAAAGUUGAUGUGGUAUUACCAAGAUAUGGAGGAAUUGGAAGUGGUGUCUGUUGUAGACAGCAACAAGCCCAGCACCAGUAGACAAUUACAACCUAGCACCAGCAGAGCAGCACAGCAGAUAGUCCAACCAACUUACAAAAAGAAACUUUUUCUAACCAAUGGAUGGGAAACUCCACUAACUGGGAUUUGUGUUUAUAUUUUUAGGACGAAUACCAGCAAACAGCUACCAGAGGAAGGAUUUCAGAAGGAUCUUUACUGUGGAAUAAUUGAUUCCCAACAAAUUGGACUGGUCACUACGAUUGAACGUAUCAUCGAGAAUAUUUUCAUGGAGGUUUUGGCACAUCCACCUUUAGAUUGUGAAGACGAUGCUGCAAGUUGUCCGAUGGUCAAAAAUCAAUUACUACCAGCCCUCAGAUCAUUCUGCAGUGCCUUGAAAGUAUGUGAGGAAGUGUGUGGUCAAGGUCCUAUUUUUGAAAAGGACUCGAUUUCACUCUGUUCACUCAAUGAUGAAGAGCUGAAGGAAUGGACUAUAAACCCUGAAAAAUUGGGUGCACUUGAGGCAAGAGUAAAAGGUUGGAUCAAGAGACUCGCCGAAAUUUUGAAGGAAAGCGAACAGAUCAGAAGAGAAGACGAUUCAUCAGGACCCCAAGGUGAGCUUGAAUACUGGAAGAAAAGAGGAGCUCAAUUUUCUCAAAUAGCCUCUCAACUUCAUACUGAAGAAGUUCAAGCUACGUUAAUGUGUUUGAAGGUUGGAAGAGUGAAAAUACUGAAGGAAUGGCAGGAUACUGAUAAGAGGGUUACAUUCUGUUACAAUGAAGCUAAGGAUAACUCCAAAUUCAUUCAAUCUUUGGAGAAAAACUGUCAUUCUCUAUAUCUCGACGAUCCAGUUAAGAUGCGAGAAUCCAUAAUGGGAUUAUUGCAAACUGUACGUCUAAUAUACAAUGUUUCUCAAUUCUACAAUACAUCAGAAAGAACUUCUGCUCUCAUGGUGAAGAUAACAAACCAAAUGAUAGAAACCUGCAAAGACUACAUUACCUGUCGUGGUCAAGAAAGUAUUUGGUCGCAAGACAGAGACAUAAUGAGGGAAAAACUUACCCAGUGUAUUAAGCUCAAUAAAGUUUAUAGAAAGACAUAUAGUCUUGUGAAAAGUCAACCUGUUCUACCUGGCCAACGCCAAUUUAAUUUUUCCGAAAACUAUGUCUUCGGAAAGUUUGAUGUUUUUUGUAGGAGACUGGCAAGAAUUAUAUCAACUUUCAAUCUGAUAGAAGACUAUACUUCACUUUUCAAGAAAAGAAUGGAAGGCUUGCUGUUGGGAGAUGCUUUGGAAGAAGUCGUUCAUAACUUCAAUGAAAUAAAAUCUACAAUAAUCAACAAAAAAUACGAUUUUUUAGAUCAAAGAAACACUGAUUUCGACAACGACUACAAAGAAUUCUUGACGAAAACGGAUGAAUUGAAAGAACAUCUCAGUGAAAUGAUAGAAAGUAAUUUUGAUAGUGUUUGGGAGACACCACAAGGGAUAAAAUUUCUGACAAGAUUUGAAAAAGUGAGCGAAAAAAUACCAUUGGCUAAAAUGGAUGAUAAAUAUGAAAGAAUCUUGAAAUAUUGUGAGAAAGAAGUUGAUCGCAUCAUAAAGAUGUAUAGAAAAGAGAAAGACGAUCCUCCUUUGCCUUGGAUGUUUCCUCCUAUUGCAGGGCGCAUCAAAUGGGCACGCUCCUUGAAAAGUCACCUGGAGGAGCUUCUGACAAGCGUUACAAGUCAUAAUAUCCUGAAAAAUCUACCAGCUACUCAAGAAUUGUCAAGAAGAUAUAAUCAAGCUGAACAAACACUGAAGUCUUACGAAACCGAUAUGGUAGCAAUAUGGAUGAAUCAACACGUUUGGGAAGUUGACAACUGCCUGAAGAGAAAGUUACUCGCAGUAUGCCCUGAACAACAGAAGCUGAAAGUCAACAUUCACAAUUCUAUACCUCUUUUGAUACGAGAAUCUGAUUUAAUGGCCAAGAUGAGUUUACCCAUACCUAUCGUAGCUCUAACUCUUUAUUCCAAAAAGGACUAUUUUGAUUUGAUACAGGAUUCGUUACAGUUCCUCAUCAACGAUUUGGAAAAAAAUGUGAAAGGGGUGAAACAAGAAGUGCGACCUCUUUUUUUACCUCAUCUUGUGAAACUUAUGCGGAUUAUUGAACCAGGAAUGAAAGAAUUGACGUGGAUUUCUUCUGACUGGAAAGAAUUCAUAGAUAAAGCUAGCGAUGCCAUUUUGAAAUUCAAAGUAUUAUCUUAUCGAGUGCAUGACAUCUACACCAACCGAGUACUCGAGGUACUAGCAGCAAUGCAAGCUGUUCAACUACAUGCACUACCAGAGCUAGAUGAAGACCCUUGGAUAGUCUCAGAUUUUUGCGAAAGAAGUGAAGAAGCUUGUAGGUCUGCUGCCAUUGAAUUGCAUCGAAAAAGCUUGAUGGUCGAGGAAGCCGUUGAGGAGAUACUUUCUUUGGUCAGAAGGUCGAGAAUUGACAUUCCUUCACAAUCUGUUGAUGAAAUGUUCGUAGAAGAUGAACCUGGUAACCAAAACGAAGAAGGAACUCAUUUAUCAUCACAACCAACUGAUUGGAGUCUGGUAUGGGAGUGUUUCGAGAAGCCUCACCUUCUUCUAGGAAUUGGUAUGGCACGAUCGAUGCAAGACAUGGUAAAAGGUGCUGUAACUGAAAUGAGACGUUACUACAGCCGGAAAGUGGUUGAUGUUCUGGUUAAAGUAACACGUCAUUCUCUUGACGCAUUGAUGAGAAGAUUUUCAGUAGUAGAGGAAAAGAAUCAGAAACCUAUAUUCCUGCUGAAUGCCAUUCUGAUGAUACCUAAGGUGUCAAUCCAACCAAACCUGGAUGAGGUGCAAGAGGUUCUUGCCUUGGCUGGAAAGAAUAUCACAUCAGUGUCCAAAGGUGUCGGGCAAUGGUCAGGAGGUAAGCUGCAGGUCGACCCCACCAAGAAGGGAUGGAAAAAAUUGGCGGGUCGAAAGUCGAACAUAAGGGAUAUUGUAAAUCAAUCUCGUUUACAACAGCGGACCCUCAAGGGAGUUGUUAAGCUCAAGCAGGAGGAGGACCUGAAGGCUAGGAGGAGAAAAUUCUACAGAUUGGCUUCGGAGGAUAAGCCCUCAUUUCCUCUGCAACACAGGAACUUCUACAACCACGUAAUGGAGAAUAAGGAGGUUGUUAAGUCUUUGUCGCUUUUGACCACUUGCACACAAGACUUGAAACAAGAAAUAACACAAUUCCUUCAAAAAUGGAGACCGUAUAAUAUUUUAUGGAGAAAUGAAAAAUCUCACAGAGAACUUCUUGGAGCUUGUUUAACAGAAUACGAAACUUCUCUACGAAAACAUGAAGAGUUAAACACCAGACUAGAAACUGAACCUGAGACGGUCCUCAUAGGGAUCAGUUUAGCUAUCUCAACCGAAAAACUCAAGUAUGGGCUGAGUACGGAAAUAAAAAGCUGUACCCAUAGAAUCGGUCAAGCAAUGAAGAAGAAGUAUAAACGAGAAAUGGAUUACGUUUAUGCUGUGAUCAAUGAAAUGGAAAGGAAAUUGGAAAGGACCAUAAGAGAUUUAGAUGAUGUGCGGUUGAUAAUGGAAACAUUGAGGAAAAUAAGACAGCAAGAAGUUGAUAUGGAGUUGAAAAUUGAACCUAUAGAGGAAGCCUUCAAUGUCCUCAGCCGCUACAAUGUUAUUGUGGAACGAGAAAUAGUUGAACAAGUGGAUAAUUUGAGGUACACCUGGAAUCAGCUUCAAGCUAGAGCUUUGAAAGUGCAGGGAAAUCUCCUGGAUAUGCAGCCACAAUUCCAGAAUGAUCUGAAGAACAAUCUGGAGAAAUUCAGACAAGAUAAACUGGACUACUGUAAUGAGUAUAGAGUUGCUGGUCCUAUGCAGCCUGGUCUGACGCCCAGAGAAGCUUCAGAUCGAUUGAUAUCAUUUCAGAACCGUUUUGAAGGCAUGUGGAGAAAAUUGCAAACAUAUCAAAACGGAGAAGAACUAUUUGGACUACCUACAACAGAUUAUCCGGACUUGGCACAAAUUCGCAAAGAGCUCAAUCUGCUUCAAAAACUUUAUAAACUAUAUAACGACGUCAUCGAUAGGGUUAACAGCUAUUAUGACAUACCCUGGGAUGAAGUUAAUAUUGAAGAGAUUAAUAAUGAAUUAAUGGAAUUCCAGAAUAGGUGUAGGAAACUCCCAAAAGGUCUAAAGGAAUGGCCCGCCUUUUUUGCUCUCAAGAAAACCAUCGAUGACUUCAACGACAUGUGUCCAUUACUUGAACUGAUGGCAAAUAAAGCAAUGAAACCAAGACAUUGGCAGAGAAUCAUGGAAUCACUAAAUCAUAUUUUCGAAUUCGAAAAUGAGGGUUUCUGUUUGAAGAAUAUUUUGGAAGCACCACUUCUGUCCCACAAAGAGGAUAUAGAGGAUAUCUGUAUAUCAGCAAUGAAAGAGAAAGACAUUGAAGCCAAAUUACGCCAAGUCACUAACGAAUGGUCAGUUCAUGAGUUGACGUUUAUGACAUUCAACAAUCGAGGAGAACUCUUGUUGAGGGGUGAUACAACAGCAGAAACAAUAGGUCAACUCGAAGAUAGUUUAAUGAUUUUAGGGUCUCUCCUAUCAAACAGAUACAAUGCACCUUUCAAAAAACAGAUCCAGCAAUGGGUUCACGAUUUGUCCAACACAAACGAGAUUUUGGAACGUUGGCUACUCGUACAAAAUAUGUGGGUAUAUUUGGAAGCUGUCUUUGUUGGUGGGGAUAUAGCGAAGCAGUUGCCAAAAGAAGCUAAAAGAUUCUCGAAAAUUGAUAAAUCCUGGCAGAAAAUAAUGCAAAGAGCUCACGAAACACCCGGUGUUGUAUCUUGUUGUGUCGGGGAUGAUUUGCUGAAGCAGUUACUUCCUCAUCUACAGGAGCAACUAGAACUCUGUCAAAAAUCCCUAAGUGGUUAUCUAGAGAAGAAACGAACGAUGUUUCCAAGAUUCUUCUUCGUAUCGGAUCCUGCUCUUCUCGAAAUUUUGGGACAAGCAUCGGACUCUCACACAAUCCAGAACCAUUUGUUAUCCAUUUUUGACAACACAAGAUGGGUAAAGUUCCACGAUAUUGAAUACAAUAAAAUUACCGCCAUCGUAUCAUCCGAAAAUGAAUUGAUACAACUUGAGAAGGCCGUUAGAGCUGAAGGAAGUGUUGAACAAUGGCUCACUCAGCUACUCAUGAUGUCUCAAUCGUCUCUUCACUCUAUAAUAAGACAAGCUUAUGCGAUGAUCAACGAUGCCAAUUUCAACCUUCUCCAGUUCUUGGAUAAAAUGCCAGCACAGAUUGGAUUAUUGGGUCUCCAAAUGAUUUGGACUAGAGAUGCAGAACUGGCUCUAAUGCAAGCAAGACACGAUAAAAAACAGAUGCCCGACACUAACAAUAAAUUUUUGGAAUUGCUCAACACUUUGAUUGAUCAAACCACACGAGAUCUUACCAAAAUAGAACGAACAAAGUUUGAAACCUUAAUCACUAUUCAUGUACAUCAGAGAGAUAUAUUUGAUAUACUGUGUCGACUGAAUGUAAGACAUGUAAACGAUUUCGAAUGGUUAAAACAGUGCAGAUUCUACUUCAAGGAAGAUCAAGACAAAACAUUGAUCAUAAUCACCGAUGUGACAUUCUCUUAUCAAAAUGAAUAUUUGGGAUGUACAGACAGAUUGGUUAUCACUCCUCUCACAGACAGGUGUUACAUCACCCUAGCUCAGGCUCUUGUAAUGAGCAUGGGAGGCGCACCUUGUGGUCCUGCUGGAACUGGUAAAACAGAAACCGUAAAAGACAUGGGGAAGACUUUGGCUAAAUACGUCGUUGUCUUCAACUGCUCAGAUCAAAUGGAUUACAGAGGAUUAGGCAGAAUUUAUAAAGGUUUGGCUCAAUCGGGAUCAUGGGGUUGCUUCGACGAAUUCAAUAGGAUCGAACUGCCUGUAUUGUCUGUAGCAGCUCAACAAGUUGCCGUUGUUUUGGCUAGUAAGAAAGAGAAGAAGAAGUCUUUCGUCUUCACAGAUGGGGACAUCAUCGAGAUGUGCCCAGAAUUUGGUAUUUUCAUCACAAUGAAUCCAGGUUAUGCUGGGCGUAAAGAGUUGCCUGAAAAUUUGAAAAUUCAGUUCAGAACGGUGGCCAUGAUGGUACCAGAUCGACAAAUCAUCAUUCGAGUAAAGCUAGCCAGCUGUGGUUUUCUUGAAAAUAUUACUUUGGCCAGAAAAUUUUACACCUUGUAUAAGUUGUGUGAGGAACAACUAACGAAACAGGUUCAUUAUGACUUCGGCUUGAGAAACAUCCUAUCCGUUCUCAGAAGUCUUGGUGCCGCUAAAAGAGUGAAUGAUAAAGACUCCGAAAGCACAAUCGUGAUGAGGGUUCUGAGAGAUAUGAAUUUAUCAAAAUUGAUAGAUGAAGAUGAACCUUUAUUCACCUCUCUGGUCGCUGAUUUAUUCCCCAAUCAAGUUCUGGAAAAAACUACCUACCAAGAAUUGGAGGAAGCAAUAGAUAAACAAGUCGAACAAGCUGGUCUGAUCAAUCAUCCACCCUGGGCUCUCAAAUUGAUUCAGUUAUAUGAAACUCAAGCUGUGCGACAUGGCAUAAUGACUUUAGGACCUACUGGAGCAGGGAAGACAACCUGUAUACAGAUACUGAUGAAGUCCCUCACACAAAUGGGUCAAUUUCAUAGAGAAAUGAGGAUGAAUCCAAAAGCCAUCACAGCUGCUCAAAUGUUUGGUCGACUCGAUGUAGCCACAAAUGACUGGACUGAUGGUAUAUUCUCAGCUUUAUGGAGGAAAACGCUGAAACUAAAGCCAGGUGAAAACGUUUGGUUAGUUCUCGAUGGACCCGUGGACAGUAUCUGGAUUGAAAACCUGAACUCCGUGCUUGACGACAACAAGACCCUAACAUUGGCAAAUGGUGAUCGACUUUCUAUGGCACCAACCUGCAAAAUAAUCUUUGAGCCACACAAUAUCGAUAACGCUUCUCCAGCUACCGUGUCCAGAAAUGGAAUGGUUUACAUGAGUUCCUCUGGCCUCACCUGGAAACCUGUGGUUAAGGCUUGGUUGAAAACAAGGAGUGCGAAGGAACAGGAGAUAUUCCAGCAUCUUUUCUGGGAAACGAUUGCACCACUUUAUAACUACGGAAAUCAGAAUUUGAAUCUUGUACUGGAUGUACUUCCUUGCAAUAUUACCUUACAGAUGUUGAAACUUUUGGAAGGUUUGGUUCCACCACAGAUUGAGAAAAAAGAUGAGGAAACUGACAAAUCCGAUCAAUUGGAUCUGGACGAUGACAUACUGGAGGAACAAGAAAAACCAGAAGAAACUAAACUCCUCACUCCUGAGCAUCUAGCGAAGAUUUUUGUUUUCGCUUUAACAUGGGGUAUCGGUGCCUACUUAGAGAAUGAUGAUAGGGCCAAAUUCGAUGCCUUUGUGAAAGAAAACCUUACCGUCUUGAAUCUGCCGAAAAAUACUGAAAAGAACAAAGAUUGUACUCUGUUCGAUUACAUGGUGAAUGAUGACGGCAAUUGGGUACUCUGGAGCUCCUUGGUCACCAACUAUUCCUAUCCAGAACUGUCCACUCCAGAAUACGCAACUAUUCUCAUUCCAAUCACAGAUAAUGUUCGUAUAAACUAUCUGAUCGAUACAAUAGCAAAACAAGAUAAAGCAGUUCUACUAAUUGGCGAACAAGGAACAGCGAAAACAGUGAUGAUGAAGGCUUAUAUGAAGAGGGCCAAUCCCGAGCUAUAUUUACACAGGGCGUUCAAUUUUUCCAGUGCCACUUCUCCAUAUCAGUUCCAGAAAACGAUCGAAAGUUAUGUGGAGAAAAGGAUGGGAAACACUUUCGGUGCACCGAAUGGGAAGAAGAUGAUGAUUUUCAUUGACGAUAUCAAUUUACCUGAAAUAAAUUGUUGGGGCGAUCAGAUAACCAACGAGGUCGUCCGUCAGGUCAUGGAUAUGGGCGGGUUCUACAGUCUCGAGAAACCGGGUGAAUUCACUUCCAUUGUAGACGUUCAAUUCCUGGCCGCUAUGGGACAGCCUGGUGGCGGCAGAAACGAUAUUCCGUCGCGUCUGAAGCGCCAGUUUUGCAUUUUCAACUGUCCCCUACCUUUGGACACAUCCAUCGACAAGAUAUUCGGUGUGAUCGCCCAAGGGCACUACAACAUCAAGAGGGGAUUCCCAUUGGAGGUUCGAAAUUUGGUCAAAAAACUCAUUCCGUUGACUAGACUACUAUGGAGAAACACUAGGUCGAAGUUGCUCCCUACUCCUGCGAAAUUCCAUUAUGUGUUUUCAUUGCGGGAUUUGUCCAGGAUUUGGCAAGGAAUGAUUGGGACCCUAUCCACCGUGAUAGAUUCCGAAGCAUGUCUGAUGGUUCUGUGGAAGCACGAGUGCACACGUGUUUUCUCUGAUCGGUUCACAAUUCAAGAGGAUAAGGACUGGUUCAAUCAAGAACUUCUAGAUUUAGUAGAAAAGGACCUUGGAGUCAAUAUCAUGCACAAAACCAUGCCAAGUCCGGUCUUCGUAGAUUUCAUGAGAGAUGCUCCCGAACCAACUGGAGAAGAAGGUGAAGAUGCUGAUAUGGAACUUCCGAAAGUUUAUGAACCAGUUACAAAUGAGAACGAACUGAGAGAGAGGUUGGAUAUGUUUCUUUCUCAGUUUAAUGAGAUGGUUAGAGGAUCAGGAAUGGACUUGGUAUUCUUUCCAGAUGCAAUGUUACACUUGGUCAAGAUAUCGAGGGUUAUAAGGCAUCCUAGAGGCAAUGUUAUGCUUGUUGGUGUUGGAGGAAGUGGAAAACAGUCUCUAACCAAGCUUUCUUCCUUCAUAGCAGGCUAUAAGAGCUUCCAAAUAACCCUCACUCGAUCAUACAAUAUAGGAAAUUUUCUGGAGGAUCUCAAGGUCCUUUACAGGUCAUGCGGUUGCCAAGGUAAAGGAACAGCCUUUAUCUUCACAGAUCUCGACAUAAAAGAAGAAGGAUUCUUGGAAUAUCUCAAUAACAUACUAUCUGGGGGUGUCAUAUCUAAUCUCUUCACAAAAGAUGAACAGACUGAAAUUAUUCAGGAACUCACACCUAUAAUGCGCAGAGAGAACAUGAAGCGUACAUUAAAUGCUGAAGUAGUGAUGGAAUAUUUCAUGAAUAGAACCUGCCAAAAUCUCCAUGUUGUCUUCUGUUUCUCUCCGGUAGGGGAAAAGUUUAGGACUAGAGCUCUCAGAUUCCCUGCUUUAAUAUCAGGCUGUACUAUUGAUUGGUUCCAACCAUGGCCUAAAGAUGCUUUGGUCCUGGUAGCCAGACAUUUUCUGACAGAAUUCAAGAUAGCCUGUUCUGAUGAGGUUAAAGAAGAACUAGUUACAGCACUUGGAUCCAUACAAGAUAUAGUGUCCAAUACAUCAAGCGAUUACUUCCAAAGAUACAGAAGAGCAACUCAUGUAACCCCCAAAUCUUAUCUAAACUUCAUUGCCGGAUAUAAAAGUAUCUAUAAAAGCAAACAAAAAGAACUAAGCGAAGGAGCUUCUAGGAUGGAUACAGGCUUAGAAAAACUGGCUGAAGCAUCAUCCUCAGUCAUAAUUUUGAAAAAAGAAUUAGCUGUCAUGGAACAAGAAUUAGCAGAGGCUUCUCAAAGAGCAGAAACUGUUUUGACAGAAGUUACUGAGAGAGCAAUGCAGGCUGAAAUAGUCAAGAACCAAGUGCAGAAAGUAAAAGAAAAGGCGGAAAUACUGGUUUCGUCAAUCGCAAAUGAAAAGGCUAAAGCAGAAGAAAAACUAGAGGCUGCAAAACCUGCGUUGGAAGAAGCAGAAGCGGCGUUGAACACAAUAAAGCCGGCUCAUAUUGCAACUGUACGGAAGUUAGGACGUCCACCUCACCUUAUCAUGAGGAUAAUGGAUUGUGUUCUCAUUCUAUUCCAGAGAAAACUUCAACCAGUUGUUAUUGAUCCAACUACUAACUGUCCAAAACCUUCUUGGGCUGAAUCUCUCAAGAUGAUGGCUUCCACAACAUUUCUCCUACAACUUCAGAAUUACCCAAAAGAUAUUAUCAACAACGAAAUGGUAGAAUUUCUACAACCAUAUUUCGAAAUGGAAGACUACAAUAUGGACACUGCUAAAAGGGUUUGUGGAGAUGUUGCAGGGCUCUUAUCGUGGACGAAGGCAAUGGCUUUCUUCCAUAGUGUUAACAGAGAAGUGCUGCCCCUAAAAGCCAAUCUAACUCUUCAAGAAGCUCGGCUCAAGUUAGCCAUGGAAGACUUGGCUGCUGCUCAAAACCAAUUAGAAGAGCGAGAAGCUUCACUUAGGGAAGUGAAGGAGCAAUACGAUAAAGCUGUCAUGGAAAAACAGAGACUCACGGAAGCUGCUAAUGCAUGUCUGAGAAAAAUGAAUACAGCAACAACUCUAAUCAAUGGUCUUGGAGGGGAAAAAAUCAGAUGGACUCAGCAGAGUAAAGAGUUCAAAGAACAACUGGGAAGAUUGGUCGGAGAUGUGCUCUUGGCAACGGGUUUCUUGUCAUACUGUGGUCCAUACAAUCAAGAGUUUAGAACCAAUUUGGUCAAACUGUGGAUGGAAGUUCUCGUAUUAAAAAGUAUUCCCUUCACUCGUCAAUUGAAUAUAAUCAACAUGCUCGUUGAAAGUGCCACAAUUUCAGAGUGGAAUCUUCAGGGUCUUCCAAAUGAUGAACUCUCAGUUCAAAACGCGCUUAUUGUGACAAAAUCUCGUUCAUACCCUCUGCUCAUCGAUCCUCAAACACAAGGAAAAAUGUGGAUCAAGAACAAGGAAGCCAACAACAAUCUUCAGAUAACCACUUUAAAUCACAAAUAUUUCAGGACCCAUUUGGAAGAUUGCCUCUCCUUGGGAAGGCCAUUGCUAAUCGAAGAUGUAGGAAUCGAAUUGGAUCCAGUGUUAGAUAACGUACUCGAGAAGAAUUUCAUCAAAUCAGGUUCCAUUGAAAAAGUUGUGGUUGGGGAUAAGGAAUGUGAUGUCCUCAAGGAUUUCAUGCUUUACAUCACGACAAAAUUGCCGAACCCACCAUAUUCCCCAGAAAUUAGCGCAAAAACUUCCAUAAUAGAUUUCACCGUCACAAUGCUAGGUCUGGAAGAUCAACUUCUUGGACGUGUUAUACUGAUGGAGAAAUCAGACCUGGAAGAAGAACGCGUAGUUCUCUUCGAAAGUGUCAUAAAAAACCAGCGAAAAAUGAAGGAACUGGAGAGUAACUUACUUGGUAGAUUAACCUCCACUCAAGGUUCCCUGGUGGAUGACGAAGAACUGAUAAACGUCCUGCAGAUAACCAAAUCAACUUCGGAAGAGGUUACACAGAAGCUUUCAGUAUCCGCUGUAACAGAAAAGAAGAUAAACAUUGCCAGAGAAGAAUUCAGAGCUGUUGCUGCCAGAGGGUCAAUUUUGUAUUUCCUUAUAGUGGAGAUGAGCAAUGUUAACGUUAUGUACCAGAACUCCUUGAAGCAGUUUUUGAUACUCUUCGACAAUUCAAUUAACAAAUCUGAGAAGAGUACAAACACCAUGGAGAGGAUAGAUAUCAUAUUGCAGUAUCUAACGAAAGAGGUUUGGUCGUUCACGCAAAGAAGUCUAUAUGAGCGUCACAAGGAUUUGUUCACAUUGAUGAUGGCCAUGAAAAUCGAUUUACACAAAAACAUAAUAUCACACGACGAAUUCAUGGCUUUUAUCAAAGGAGGCGCUUCCUUGGACCUCAACGCUGUUCAACCUAAGCCUUUCAGAUGGAUCUUGGACAUCACCUGGCUCAAUUUGGUGGAGAUUCAGAAGCUGCCAAUUUUUUCGGAGAUACUGUCUAAGAUCGAACAACAUGAGAGGGAUUGGAAAGUUUGGUACGACAAGGAAAAACCAGAGGAGGAGGAUCUGCCCUGUGGAUACCAAAAAUCUCUGGAUGUCUUCAGGAAACUGUUGCUCAUAAGAUCAUGGAGUCCUGACCGAACUUUAUCUCAAGCCAGAAAAUAUAUAAUGGAUUCUCUGGAUAAGGAAUAUGGUGAACCAUGCAUCCUAGAUCUGGAGGCAACAUGGAAUGAAUCUGAUAGCAGAACACCAUUAAUAUGUCUUCUUUCCAUUGGAUCGGAUCCUUCUCCACAAAUAUCCUCAUUGGCUAGGACUAAAGACAUAAGAUUGAAAGCCGUUUCUAUGGGCCAAGGACAAGAAAUAGUAGCUAGGGACAUGAUCGAAUCUUCAAUGUCUCAAGGAGGAUGGGUGUUGCUUCAAAAUAUUCAUCUAUCACUCUCAUUCGCCACAGAAGUUAUGUCAAUGAUUGUGGAUACUGAAAUUGUGGAUGAAAGUUUCAGAAUAUGGCUAACAACGGAGGUUCACGAAGAAUUUCCUAUCGGACUUCUGCAGAUGGCUAUCAAAUUCACGAAUGAACCUCCACAAGGAAUAAGAGCCAGCAUGAAGAGAACUUAUCAGAGUAUAACACAAGACUUUUUGGAUUAUUCGGCUCAAUCACAAUGGCCCCCUUUGUUGUAUGCAGUUGCUUUUCUGCAUACAGUUGUCCAAGAAAGACGAAAAUUCGGGCCUCUAGGUUGGAAUGUACCGUACGAGUUCAACCAAGCUGAUUUCGCAGCCAGUAUUCAAUUCAUUCAAAAUCACUUGGAUGAUAUGGAUCCCAAGAAAGGGGUCUCCUGGCCUACAGUCUGUUAUAUGCUUGGCGAAGUGCAAUAUGGAGGAAGAGUCACUGAUGACUUCGAUAAAAGACUUCUUACUACAUUCACGCAGGUUUGGUUCUGUGAUGUCCUACUCAGACCAGGAUUUGAGUUUUACAAAGGUUACAAAGUGCCCCAAACAAGAAACCUGCAAGGCUAUCUAGACUACAUAUGCAGUCUACCGGCAACAGAUAGUCCAGAAGUAUUUGGUCUUCAUGGAAACGCUGACAUAACUUAUCAGAUAAACACAGCUAAAGGUAUUCUGGACACCAUAUUGAAUGUUCAACCAAAAGAAGGCGGUAGCCAAGGUGGUGAAACCAGAGAGAGCAUUGUAUACUGCCUGGCAGAAGAUAUGUUAGAGAAACUUCCGAAGCAAUACAAUCAGUUCGAAGUCAAAGAGGCUCUACAAAGGAUGGGCGUUUUGUUACCCAUGAACAUUUUCCUCCGUCAAGAAGUCGAUAGAAUACAGAGAGUUCUAAAAGAGGUGAAAUCGACAUUAUGUGAUCUCAAGCUAGCAAUAGAUGGCACAAUAGUUAUGAGUCAAGAUCUCCGAAAAGCUCUUGAUUCCAUGUAUGAUGCUAGAAUUCCAGAUCGUUGGCUAAAGAUAUCUUGGGAAUCGGCAACUUUAGGUUUCUGGUACACCGAACUCCUAGAAAGAGACGCCCAAUUCAGAAAUUGGAUAAACAAUGGAAGACCGAACGUUUUCUGGAUGACUGGAUUCUUCAACCCACAAGGUUUCCUAACGGCAAUGAGACAGGAUGUAACUCGUGCUCACAAGGGAUGGGCUUUAGAUUCAGUAGUCCUACAAAACUUGAUAACCCGCUAUAACAAGGAAGAUCUCAAAGAAGGUCCUGCAGAAGGAGUAUAUGUUCAUGGUUUAUUCUUGGAAGGAGCUAGUCUGGAUAGACGAUCGAGUAAACUCAUUGAGAGCAAACCAAAAGUGCUCUAUGAACAAAUGCCCGUUAUAUACAUAUAUGCCAUCAAUACUACGGCUGGUAAAGAUCCCAAAUUAUACGAAUGUCCAAUAUACAGAAAACCGCAGAGAACAGAUCAGAAAUAUGUGGGGUCAAUUGACUUCGAAACUGAUCACAACCCUAGGCAUUGGACCCUUAGAGGAGUUGCUCUUUUAUGUGAUAUUAAAUAAAGUGUUAAAAAAAUAAAUAUAAAUUUGUCAGAACA